CAUUUUCAGAGCGCAUGAUUUAGACGGUCGUCACUAAACUGUCACCUGCUACAAGCGAAGAGGAGAAGCAGUAAAGGCGUUUCAACUAAACCUUUCACAGUAAUAAUAAUAAUAAUAAUAAUAAUAAUAAUAAUAAUAAUAAUAAUAAAAGAGUUAGUGUGUAUAUGAUCAUUUUUUAAGUAGACUUGUUUGAGUUUUUCAAAGAGGGACUCUUUUUUUAAUCCUGAGGAAGAGGAGCUCUGGAAUCGACCAUCGGUGAGAUUCUGCUUUUCUGUGCUAACAAUAAAAGUUUAACAGGAGGUGUUGGAGAUCGACAAACGUCACAUUAUACUCCCCGGGAUUUGUUAAGCUCAUCAGGGACGCUAACUGGAAGAGGAUAUAUAACUUUUCAACUGGUGUUUGUGGAGAGGCGCGGAGAGCGGAGGAAUCCUCGCUGCUGCAGCCGGGAGGAGCGCGCAGCGUAGCGCGGAGCAGCUCAUUGACCCAAAGGACUGUCGGGGACAAGGUUAUGACGGAACUGAGCUGAACAUGGAGCUUUACUGGAUUUUGUUUUUUUCUAGUCUCUAUGGUCUUGUCCGGGGCCAAGGAGUUUACGCUCCAGCCAACGCCCAGAUCGUGCACUCUGGUGCAGCGUGUAACUUCAAAGAUGAUAACAUAAGCGAAAGAAUCUACACCAUCAAAGAAGGAGACACAUUGGUACUUCAGUGUAUUGUUAAAGGACACCCACGGCCACAGGUGCGGUGGACAAAGACAGCAGGCAGUGCUUCAGACAAGUUCCAGGAAACAUCCAUCUACAAUGAGACUCUGCGCAUCGAGGGCAUCCAGAGAGUGCAGGGGGGUCGCUACUACUGCAAAGCCGACAACGGGGUGGGGGUGGCUGCCAUCAAGUCCAUCCGCGUAGAUGUGCAGUACCUUGAUACGCCUAUUCUAACAGUGCACCAGACCAUUAGCGAUGUGCGCGGCAGUUACUACCAAGAGAGGACAGUAUUUCUGCGCUGCACUGUCAACUCCAACCCUCCUGUACGCUUCAUCUGGAAACGUGCGAAUAAGGUCAUCGAACAGAGCAAGGACAAUGGAGUGGACAUCUACGAACCUCUUUACACCCAGGGUGAGACCAAGGUGCUGAAGCUGAAAAAUUUAAGACCCAAGGACUUCGCUGAUUACACCUGCCAGGUGUCUGUCCGUAAUGUUUGUGGCAUCCAAGAUAAGUCAGUCACCUUCAGGCUCACAAACAACACAACUCCCCCGAUGAUCCGACUGUCAGUCAACGACACUGUGGUGGUGGAUCCUGGGCAGGAUGUGAUCCUGACCUGUGAGGUGAUUGCAGGUUUCCCACAGCCCGCUGUGACGUGGUCGCGUUACCCCAACCCUCUUCCCCUCAGUGCCCAGGUUCGAGGGCCAUCACUGAUUUUGCGAGCUGUCACACCAGCUGAUGCGGGUUUCUACAACUGCACAGCUGUCAACAAUGUGGGCAACCCUGCUCGCAAGAAUGUCAAUCUUGUUGUCAGGACAAUGAGCAACCUGACCUUCCAAAUUACGCCAGACUCUAACAAGGACAGUGAGACUAUCCAAAUGGGUCGUGAGCUUAAACUGUCAUGCCACGUUGAUGCCACCCCUCAAGACAAAGUCAACUACACCUGGUACAAGAAUGGUGCACUAGUCUUCAACUCAGAUAGUCUGUUAUUACUGCGCAGUGACCCAGACAUGGCACCUGGCACCAGUAGCUUGGAAAUAGUGGAAAUGAAGUUUAGAGACCUGGCUACCUACAGCUGUAUGGCAAACUUCCCAGGCAGCAGAGUUCCAGAGCUCCGAGUGGACAUCAACAUCUCCCAGAACAGUGUAUCUCCUCCAGUGCUGUCAGUUCCACCAGAGCUUCAGAUUGUAAGCGUGCGUGAGGGAGGGAAUGCUGAGCUGGCCUGCCUGGUAAUAGAUGGUAAACCCCGUCCUCCAAUUCUGUGGUCACGGAUGGAAAAGGACCUGCUAAUGCCUUCAGGGAAGCCCAUGGAAGAGACACCUGAUGGACGCUUGAGGCUAAAGAACGUCAGCCGUGACAUGAUGGGGGUGUAUCGGUGUCAGACAGCUCCAUACAAUGGCCUCAACAUCAAGCGCAGAGAAGCCCAAGUCCAAUUGAAUGUCCAAUAUCCUCCAAUUCUGAACCCGGUCUUUCAGGAUGUGCGUUCAAGGAACUAUCAGACAGUGACCCUGAGAUGUACGGUUCUGCGAUCAAGCCCCCCGCGACUAACAGACAUCCGUUGGCUUCGUAAUGGUGAAUUCAUCCGAAUGUUGAUGCCAGACCUGAAAGAGACACCAGAAAUGAAGUUUAAACUGGAACCCUCCAACAACGGCUCCUAUGAAUGUCGAAUCAGUAAUAGUGUAGGAACAUCAGCGUGCACAUUUAAUGUCUCUGCAAACCCUUACGAUGCUGAGUUUUACUUUGAUACACCCAACCCUGUGCGCAUCCUGAAGGGAAACAACUACUCCUACAACCUACAGUGGACACAGAAAGAACCACAGGCCACAGACCGUAUUAUAGGAUACUGGCUAAAUAUCCGAAAGAACAAGCAGAAUCUGCUGUCAAAGCAGAUAGACCUGAGAGGUAAGGAGCCAGAAAAAGGUGUGCUGAUGUCCUACACAAUAUCAGACCUGAGAAUCCCACUGUCCUACGAGGUGCGGCUGGCCCCCAUCACCACCUACAGCACUGGCGACUAUGUCACCCGAAUUAUCCAGUACUCAGAGCCCUACACCUACCCAAGAUCUUCAGACCAAGUAUGUGGUUUUGAGGAUGGACAGAUCUGUGGUUUCUCUCAAGACCGGAGUGAUGUCUUUGACUGGACGAGACAGAAUAACCUGACACAGAAUCCAAAGCGAUCUGCCAAUACCGGCCCAGAAACCGACCGCAGUGGAACAAAGGAGGGGUACUACAUGUACAUCGAAGCAUCACGACCACGUGCUCCAGGGGACAAAGCACGUCUUCUGUCUCCACUUUUCAAUAUGUCUUCUGUGAAAGGCCCCAGGGGUUCUGCCCGAGUGCCGUACUGUGUCUCCUUCUACUACCACAUGAAGGGCAAACACAUUGGGACGCUCAACGUUCUUCUCAGAGUGAGAAGCAUUGCUCCUGUGGACACCUUGGUGUGGACAAAGUCUGGUCAUCAGGGCCCAAACUGGAAUAAAGCAUCCUUUGACAUCAGUCCCAGUGGACCUUUUCAGAUUGUGUUUGAAGGAAUUCGAGGCCAAAAUUUUGAGGGAGACAUUGCCAUUGACGACGUUUCCAUCACCAUAGGAAAGUGCAAGGAAGACGAAACUGUAGCCAAUGCAGUUCUGACCGAAGGAUCAUGCUCACGCCCGCUGGCCAGCUGGCUGACCUUUGGCCUCUGCUGCUUCUUUUCACUCCUCUACAGAUGAUGAGCACUUCCCACUGCACCAUGCCUGUCUGUGCUGACAGACGCUACCCUGAAUCGUGCUCUUUUACUUCUCUCUCUACCCCUCUUCCUGUCCUUUCCUCUGCAUACCUGUCUCCUCUCUUGUCCAUCCUCUUCACUCAGUGUCUCACUGUCUAGCAUCAAUUUCAUUCUUCUAGCUUGGACAAACACAAUGUCUUUGUCUAAUUUCUUCUCCUCUGCUUUCUUUAAAUACUUUAAUAUUUACACACAAUAUAACCAUCUUACGCUCAUAUCGUAUUUAAGGUUAACAUAUGGAACGAUCAGUGAGACUUAACAUUUUCUCCUCAUUCGCCUCAUUAACGUCAGUGUCAGUUUGUCACUUUAACCUCUGCUUCAUCAACCAUUUUUAUCUAUAACUACACCUUUCAUGUACCUCCACUCUCUUUAACCACUAUUCCUGACAGCGCCUCCAUCCUAUUCCCCAGACACACCAAAGUGUCAGACACUCUACCAAAGAUGACAUAGGACCUGAGGGAAUAAAAUGAGGGAAGAGGGAUUCCAGGAAGAAAGCAAAAGUAAGAGAGAAAGAGAAGAAAAAAAACUUUUUCCACAAAAACUACCACCUUCCUGUCCCAUCCUUUGGGACACUGAGGGCUCCUGAAGGACAAAGAGAGAUGAAGAAACUGAUGAAUGAAUGAAUAAACAAAUAAAUGAUUGAGGAAAAGACACACCUGAAUCAGAUUAUGGAAUCUGGGUGCUCCUGGUAGCCUGUCUGUUUGCUACAUGAGACGGACCUCAGUGCGGAGUAUACGUGUACAUUUAUCUAUCUAUUAAAUAUAACAGAGUUUAAACUAAAAACACAACUAGGACAGUGGAGGACUUUAUUAAGUGAAAUUAAAGAAGCACAACAUUUAUACGACCUCUGCUGUUCCUUUGGGUUUUAUUUUAAUUGUGUGAUGUUGGCAUUUGCUUGACGUUUUCAAUGUUUUUGAUAAUUUGAAUUUUUUGGUUUGUUUGUUUUGUUUUUCGUUUCGUUUCUAGGGGGUUGUUAGUAUUAUUAUUUUUUUGUUUUGCUUCUUGUUGUUUUUUAUGUUCAUUUUGUUCUGGCAUCCUAAAGGUCAAGGGCAAAGCAUAAUAAAGUAUUAUAUUCAUAUCUAUACAAGAAAGAACAGAUGAUUUAUGAUCCAGGACCUGAUUUGUGCACCUGGUGGGAAUACACAGAUGACCCAAGCCAUCUGGCUAGAAACCUCAACUUCAACUUUCUUCGCACAUACGGUACAGAAAACGCAUAUAGAAGCACACACAGGCAUACACACACGUUUUCUCUUGCUGGGAUCACAGUCAACCCUUCAGCUCACCUUCUGCCUGAAUAACAGCGAUGGAAAACCUUGGAUAGUCGCCUGAAUUUUCAAACAUUUCCAUUUAUUUUUCCAUUUUCAUGAAAAUAAGUCUGGAUUAAUCAGACAUAAGAGAACAUAAUCUAAUGUAAAUGAAAUGGUGGUGUUGUAAGGUAAAGAUAGAGAGUCUGAGCUCCAGGACUUCUUUCUUAACAGGUUUUUGUCAUGACUGGUUAUCACACACAGGUCUAUGUCAGUGUCAUGUGUGCAGUGUGAAGUUCAUCAGAUUCUUUGCCAUUAUUCAAUUAAUACUGAAUGUCUGUAAUCAAAAUGGUUUUCCUAAUAUCAUAGAUAUGAUUGUUAAAGUUAAGCAAUACUCUCAUCUAUCGAUCUCUAUAUACAUGUUACUAUUUGAUUUCAGUUCAGUUUGCAGAAUAGCCCGUGUCCAAAAAACAUCAUAAUAAACAUGUCAUUCAUAUUUUAUCAGUUUUGAUUUGUAAUUAAUAAUGCAGUUAGUAUCUUGGAAGAUGCAAAAGUUCAGUUGCAGCCAUUUUAAUUUAAUUGAAUAUGGUUGCUGUCUGUCUCUGUGCACCUCAUGUUCUUGUCUGUUUAUCAUCUUCAUUACAUGUGUGUUACAUGUCAGUCUGUCUAACAACGUAAGCACUGUUUCUGUAUUAUGUCACAGCGACUACAUCAUUGCAUUUUUUUGUUGUUUGUUUUUGUUGUCUUUAUUGUGGUCAGUAGAAAUUGUUUGAUUGAUGUUGUGAUCUAAAAUUUUACAUAAUGUAAAAACAUGAUGUGCCUAUUUGAUUUGACCUGUCAUGUUGGUGGCAGUGACCAUGCUUGCACAGGAUUUGUGUACAAUAUCAUAAUGUAUUAUUGAUGCAAAAUUGUGUUAAGCAUGUCGGACAAAUCUGAGAAUCCUCACAAACAGUGGUGUAUUAUAUUAAUAUUGAAGCCCUUGGACAUUUAUUGGUAUUAGAAAAUGCUCCCUACGUCUAAGCUUUAUCUCUUUCAUCAUACGUUUACUUUGAUCUGAUGAUUCACACAGUGGAAGGUGCAACAGGAAUGAAACAAAUAUUUUAGGUAAGCCUGACUGGCAUGGUUUCUUAUUUAGUCUACAAGAGGCUGAACAUUUUCAUUUUUUUGAUGUUUUGAUGUUCAAAAUACCUGGGAAUUCCUUUAAAUAUGACAUUGCAAAAUGUUUAAUGAUUAAUUUUAAUAUUUCCACCUUAUACUGUACAUCUACAUUUAUCAUCAGCUUAAGUUGUACAGCAUCAUAACCAUUAUCCAGUGCAGUAGCAGUAUUUCCUGCAUUUUGUAGGUCAAUACUUUGCCAGUACAAUAGUAAGCACAUUUUUAAAAUGUUAUAAAGCAUCGAUAUGCAUGACAUUUCCUUAUGUUAACUAUCUAGUCAUUCCUCAUAUUGUUUUAAUGGUAGCGGUAACUGGGAUAGGACUACUGUUGUAAUCACUGCAUUUGAAACAAGAGACUUUCUAAUUAAUGAUGGUAAAACUAUGGACCAUUGUCUUAAUUUUUUUUCUUAUUAUUAUAAUAAUAAAUACUAUUAUUUUCAUAUUAUUCUUUCCUUAUUAUUUGUGUCACCUUGAUACAAGGUGGAAUCUUUGUUAUAAGGAAACAGAAUAUCCAGAUAUGGGUACACUUAAAUCAGACCUUUUGUAAAGCCAUUCUUUUAUUAUUAUUAUUAUUAUUAUUAUUACUAUUAUUAUUUUAAUUUAUUUAUUUUGGCCAACAGUAAGAAUUAACACAUGGCAACAUUUCAUUAAAGUAAAUGUGUGAUGAGGAAAGGCAUAUUACUUCCAAUGUUUCUUCCAAAGCAGCACAAAGCAAUCAACUAUAUAUAUAUAUAUAUAUAUAUAUAUAUAUAUAUAAAUUCAUCUAAAUUUUAAAAAUUGUCCACAGAAUGU